AUGGGUAUCUCACGAGACUCCCGCCACAAGCGGUCCGCGACUGGUGCAAAACGUGCCUUCUAUCGGAAGAAGAGAGCUUUUGAGAAAGGCCGUCAGCCAGCCAAUACUCGAAUCGGAAAUAAGCGCAUCCAUCUUGUUCGCACGCGAGGAGGCAACACAAAAUACCGAGCGCUUCGUCUCGAAGCUGGAAAUUUCUCUUGGGGUUCAGAAGGGAUUGCUCGAAAAGUCCGUGUCAUAGUGGUCGCCUUCCACCCUUCCAACAACGAACUCGUGCGUACCAAUACCCUCACCAAAUCGGCCGUCGUCCAGAUCGAUGCCGCUCCAUUCCGACAGUGGUACGAGGCACAUUACGGUGUACAGCUCGGUAGGAGGAGACAGGCUAAGGGACAGGAAACCGAGGAAAGCAAGAAAAGCAAGAGUGUGGAGAAGAAACAUGAAGAGCGUGUGAAGAAGAUGGGCAAGGUUGAGCAAGCGUUGGAGAAACAGUUCGAGGCUGGUCGGUUGUAUGCUGUUGUCUCAAGCAGACCAGGACAGAGCGGGCGGGUGGACGGAUAUGUUCUGGAGGGCGAGGAGCUGGCUUUCUACCAAAGAGCUAUUCGGAAGCUCUUCGUUUUCCUUCGUGUUCUAAAACGCAAAGAUACGACCAUCGAAGAAAAGGCGCGAUUGCUCCUGAACAUUCUCAGAGCGCCGACUCAAAUCAACCGCUUUCCUACAUCAUGUGCCAUUAUAAUUGGUGGUGCUACACUCUUGCCACGCAUUGCUGUAUCCAUUCUAUUGAGUUUGAGGAGGACGCUCAAUCUCAGCGGCACUUAUGGCCGUCAUGACCUCCAUACUCGAUCAAUCCGCAUUAUAUGCACCUUCCUCUCUGCCCUCCUUGCCUUUACGCUUCUCAACCAUGACGACUGCUGGAGCCGUAAACGGGCCAGUUCCCAAGGCCUAUCUCAAUUACCUGAACCACUCGAUUUGCCUAGUCAACACCACCUCCCUACCCAGCUACCACCUCGGCUUGCAGGCAAAACAAUAGAUUUCACCCUCUUCACUACUACACGUGCCCUGUCAGUCCUGGUCAUCACUCUCUGGACAGGCACGCAAUCCUCCCGCUACCAUCCCACCCACACGAAUCCGCAAUUCGCCAAAUUCCUCACCAAAGCUGUCGACCCAGCCAUAUUCUCCCUCUCCGCCGCCCUGAUAAUGCACGCCUGGUUCUACCACCCCCACCGCCUCCCCCGAAGCUACAACCACUGGAUCCACCAAGCCGCGAACAUCGACCGGCGCUUCCUCCAGGCCCUCCGGCUUGCCAGAUCCGGCGCCUGGCAAUACGGCCUCAACAACAGCAGAACCAACCACCUCCUCCGCGGCGUGGCCGCAGACCUCCACCUCCCCGAAUCCUACGGCGACCCGGCCCUCAGCAUCCCCAUAAAAUGCGAACUCAUCCACUCCGGCUGCGGCCCCUCCUCUGCGAACUGCACGCCCUCUGGCGCUUCUGGCGCGCCUUCCUCUUCGGCCUGA